UUGUGGUCGGUCAUUUUACUCAGUAGCACGUGGGCUGCUGUCCGUGUGUGAUCCACAUCCGGGGCUCGCUGCCUGCCGAUCUGCCUCGCCGAGGAUUGACACUGACCUCGCCGCCGAUACCAUCUCCUCAUCUAGGCGACCAUGCCAGACUCACCGCCCUCCCAAACACCUAAACCCAAACCCAAACGCCACCUUCUCGUCCUCCUCACGGCGCCCUCCCUCCUCGCCGUCGCCCUCGCCGUCGUCUUCGCGACCUCCACCAACCCCCUUCCACGCCUCCUCCACCUGCUCUUCAGGCCGAGCCCUUCCCUUCUCCGUCCGCCGGAGCCAGGCCCCCUGGCAGACACAUCGAGGGAUGCGGCGGGACGCCCACCAUGUGUUCUGUGGAUGGCCCCUUUCGCUUCCGGGGGCGGCUACUGCUCGGAGGCCUGGUCCUACGUCGCCUCUCUUGAUGCAAAUGUCGCCGCUGACGUCGGUGCGAACUUCACCCUCGCGAUCGCUCACCACGGCGACCUCGAGUCGCCGGAGUUCUGGCAUGGCUUGCCCGAGCAGUCCAAGAACCUGGCGUACAGGCUCGCCACUGCACCUUGUGAGCUCUCGCGGGCUGUCGUUGUGUGUCACAGCGAGCCUGGCGCGUGGUACCCACCGAUGUACGAGUCUCUGCCUUGCCCGCCUACCGGGUACGAUGAGCCGGCGUUCGUCAUUGGCCGGACAAUGUUUGAGACUGAUCGUGUCUCGCCGGAGCAUGUCAGACGCUGCAACCAGAUGGAUGCUGUCUGGGUACCGACAGACUUCCAUAUGUCGACAUUCGUGAAGAGCGGAGUGGAUCCCUCAAAGGUCGUCAAAGUGGUACAGGCUGUCGAUGUCACGUUCUUUGAUCCGGCCAAGCACGUCGCCCUUCCUCUUCCAAUUGGUUUCUCUGUCAUGGCGCCUGAUGAUUCUGAUUCAACAUGGAAUACCGUUAACUCCAAAGCCAAAGGUUUUGUGUUUCUAAGUGUGUACAAAUGGGAGCAGAGAAAGGGCUGGGAUGUGCUGCUGAGAGCCUUCUUGCAGGAGUUCUCCGGAGCUGAUGAUGUCGCACUCUACCUACUGAUCAAUGCCUAUCACUCUGACACAGAUUUCAGUGGGAAAAUCCACAGAUUUGUGAAAAACAGCAGCAUUGAGGAGCCAGUGCUAGGAUGGGCAGAAGUUCGGGUGAUUGAUGAGCAUGUUCCACAAUCUGCGCUUCCAAGGUUGUACAAGGCUGCAGAUGCAUUUGUGCUACCUUCGCGUGGUGAGGGCUGGGGCAGGCCGGUGGUCGAAGCCAUGGCCAUGGAACUGCCAGUGAUUGUGACGAAUUGGUCAGGCCCAACAGAAUACCUGACUGAACAGAAUGGGUACCCGUUAGACGUCGAUAGGCUGACUGAGGUCACAGAAGGGCCAUUCAAGGGUCAUCUCUGUGCUGAGCCAUCAGUUGAACAUCUGCGAGGUUUGAUGAGAUUGGUCUUUGAAGAUCCAGAAGAGGGGAGGAGAAAAGGGAGGAAGGCAAGGGAGGACAUGGCCGAGAAAUUCUCACCAGAGGUUGUGGCAAGGAUUGUUGCUGAUCAGAUACAACAGGUGCUUGUCAGUACUCAGCAGACAGAUGACUAAAUGUGAUCACAACAAAAUCCAAAGGAAAGUAGAUAUCAUAGACUGCAAGUAUCAUGUAGGUAUGGUAAGCUGGUUAGUCAUUUCUGAUUUGUAGGAGUUAUAUAUAUGUCCUGCAAUGGUGGGAUGGUGACCAUUGUUUUUGGCCUUUAUUCCAUCAGACUUAUGCUGUGAGCCCUUUUACUUAACUUGAUGGUUUCAGUUAAGAACAAAAUAUUGAAUGGGACCAUUCAGCCCAAGCCCUUCAAUUA